AUGGCAUCACCGAAUCACUCAGCCAUGCUGAGGCUUAGGGGACGGGCUGCUACAAUUAAUUGGGCUGGUGCUCCUGGCUAUUUCGUCAUAGACACGGCGUUGUCGCAAGGAGCUCUCCUGUUUUCUGAUGCUAGAUCCGGAAUUAAACACCUGACGCUGAAUGACGACGGCGACACUUAUUUGACAGUUUCCAAGGAGCGAACGAUUGAUGAGUCGUCCGAGCCCCAUGACUCCAAUCUGAACCACGGAAUAGGACUACCACCAAAUGGUGGUUUCCUUUAUGCCUCGACGGCUGACAGAGUCUAUGCCUGGUUCUAUGAUGUCAUAGAAGGCAUUGCUGGUGACUCCAACAGAACCAUCGUCAUCAAUAUGCACAACACUGACCAUACGACGCGCACGCUGUUGCUGCCCAAUACAAACACCGAUAUCCUAUUAGUAUCAAGGGGCAGCGUGGCUGAUACCGACGGAGAUGCUGCCAGAGAAUGCACUGGUCACUCUCAAUUUUGCGCAUUCGAUAUCGGGAGCCUUGGUGAAAACUCAUAACCGUUCAACUUUACGACUCAAGGCACUGUACCGGGGCAGGGGCUGCGAAAUUCUGUCGGAGUUGCAAAGGAGCCCAUCACUAGUGGCAUUGGGACCGUCGAGAAUACGGCUUUCCAGUUGAAGAGAAACUGCGUCGAC